CUGGGCAACGGACGCUGAGCAAGGAGGACCCAGAGCUCACACUGAACACAGACUCUGAGCACACACCCACACACAUAUACACACACCUGUGACUCCAGCAGAGUUUGCAGACCAGUACAGAGGAGGACUUUGGAAGAGGCACUAUUACAAACCCCUAAUUUCCUGCUGGCCUCUCGGAAGACGGUUGACUUUGACUGCAGCAAAAUGCAUUUUCGAGUGCAAAGGGAGUGAGCUGAGCCAGAUAGAUCAAACAGGGAUCAUCUGAAAUCUUCUUCAUAAAACAGAUAAUUCUGAAGUUAAGAACAGAUCAAGAAAAAGUAACAAAGAGCCGACAAGUCCAGAGGGGACUCGACAAAGGAGGGUUAAAUAUUCCUGAAGAUGGAACCGCAGAUUUGGCAAACGCAGGUCGCCCCUCAAAUCUCUCCUGGAGAGCUGAAAAAGAAGGUGUCAAUCAUGAGCCAGCCGGAGUGCUCCAUCUGCUACAACACCUACGACAAUGUCUUCAAAACACCCAAGCAGCUGGACUGCACCCACACAUUCUGCCUGGAGUGCCUCUCCCGCCUCAUGGCCGUCUCGCUGAGUGACCAGGAGGAUUCCGGCGGCAGCCCCCGCCUCUUAUGCCCCUUCUGCCGCCACCCCACCACGCUGCCUGAGCAGGGCCCCCCCGCCCUCACCACCAGCCGAGAGGUCCUCUGCAAGCUGCCCAGCCACCAGCAGCAGGAGGAGCCGGUGUGGCUGGAGGGGGAGAAGCUGUGCUACAAAAGCUCCAAACAAGACCCCAGCUUGGGCGCCUCUGAAAGCCCCUCGUCCUUCUGCAUCUGCAUUGACAUUGGGGCCAGCAAGGUGAUAGACGCUCCUAUCCAGACGGGGCCCCGGACUUCUGGGCUGCUGGCCCGACUGGCGGACUGGAAGAGGCUGGUGCUCUUCAUGGUGCUCAUCGUGCUGCUCAUCGUGGUUGUGUUAUGGCCCCUGCAGUGUGUGUUCAGCACUGGGAACAUGCGCUGUAUGCGGGAUCACGUCGUCCUGAACCCCACUACCACAACGACCACCACUCUCAGCCCCUUCACCAAAACACACGGUCGGACACAGUGAACUUUAGACUGACUGGACUUCAAUAUAAACGCACAUUAUAUUGGAUAUGACACAUUUCACCAAAUUGCUCUUUUGCCACAGAUGUUAAAGCCACUUUGUGUGGCCUAUUUAGAUGUCGGACUUUAUCAUCCCCUAGUGUUUGGUUUCUAAAUGGGUGGGAUGAAAGGGUUGAAAGAAACAUAGACUGAACUAAUUUUCACUUUUUCUGUUAUUGUGUCAUGUUCCAUUAGCUUGAUUUGAAUUAAAAAAUAUGUUAUCCUUAACAACUGUCAUUACAUGUGAAUUUAGGCUUUGAAACUCAGUGGUGCAAGAUGGCCUCUGACAGGCACUUUGGCUCGAAUUGUGUUCAGUGACACAGACAUUGACAGAAUCCACAUUUACCGAGCGUACUGGAUAUCAGAUGACAGAGCACGAGUGGGUUUAUAUGUGCAUACAAACGGGUAUUUCCAAAUGAAAAAGUUACAUUAUUUUGAACUCGAUUUGUAAAUAUAUGGAUUUAUUUUCAACAAAUAUUCAACUUUACCGUAAGGGUUAGUAAGGUCACAAAACAGGAAAUGAAUGUCAACCCAAUGUGCCAACAUGAACUUUUUAAAGUGUGCCUUUCGUCAUGGCCUUGUUUACAGAAGAUAAUAAAAAGGGAGACUUUA